CGUAAUUCAAUUCAUUUCGCUACAAAAUCCAUUGACCUCCUGUGAAAUUGUGUCAAAUACAUUGCGACUGUGAGUGUCUGUGUGUUGGGGUGUUUUUUUUUAUCGCAAAAUUCCUUUGUCAUUGCUUCAGUCUGCAGCCUCGGGAAACCUUACAAAUCCAUCUCCUUGAGAAGAUGUACUUAAAACAGCACCCUUAAAGCAUCGAACGACAAAAGAAGGGUUGUCAUUGGAUUUAUCACCCCUUGAUUGCCCACUAAAGUGUCCAUGCCAAAUAAAAUCUACACUCAGUUGAAAAUGCCAAAUUUAAUUAACCAAAUCUACAGUGGCAAUGGAGCCAUAUCGCCUGAGCUGGUCGAGACCCAACCGCAUUUGGUUAAGAAUGUUCUGAAAGCAAGGCGACAUAGCGGAAAGUUUCGCAUGUUUUCCAUGAUCAUUGAACGCACUCGUCCCAAGUCGAACACCUCCGAAUUGGAGGAUGUUGAAAUGCCUUUAGAUUCCUCGGGCCAACAAAAUGACCUCAACUCAUCAUUCGAUGAAGUUUGUCUUUUGCGAGAUAGUCCUUUUCGGAUUUUAAGGGCAGCUGAAGCUGGCAAUUUGGAUGAUUUCAAGCGUCUGUAUCAGGCAGACAAUACUCGUCUUUCACUGCAGGAUGGCAAGGGGCGAACGGCUGCUCAUCAGGCGGCUUCCCGAAAUAGAGUAAAUAUUCUACGUUAUAUACGUGAUCAAAAUGGUGAUUUCAAUAUCAGAGAUAAUGCCGGCAACACCCCCAUACACGUGGCUGUGGAAUGCGAUUCAUUUGAUGCCUUGGACUAUUUGCUGUCGAUACCCGUGGACACGAGCAUUCUUAAUGAAAAGAAACAGGCACCCGUACAUUUGGCCACCGAAUUGAAUAAAGUUAAGGCGCUGCGUGUCAUGGGCAAGUAUCGCAAUGUCAUCGAUAUACAACAGGGUGGUGAACAUGGAAGGACAGCGCUGCACUUGGCCGCCAUUUACGAUCACGAGGAGUGUGCCAGAAUUUUGGUAUGCAACCGCAGGAUAACUGAAUUUGAUGCAUGUCCACGUAGACCGUGCAAUAACGGCUACUAUCCCAUACACGAGGCGGCCAAAAAUGCCAGCUCAAAGACCAUGGAAGUAUUCUUUCAGUGGGGCGAACAAAGGAAUUGCACGCGUGAGGAUAUGAUUUCCUUUUAUGAUUCCGAAGGCAACGUGCCACUGCAUUCAGCUGUCCAUGGAGGUGACAUCAAAGCCGUGGAGUUGUGCUUGAAAUCUGAAGCGAAAAUAUCAAAACAACAGCAUGACCUAUCAACACCGGUACAUCUGGCUUGUGCACAGGGUGCCAUAGAAAUUGUCAAGUUGAUGUUCACCAUGCAGCCCAAAGAGAAACUCAUCUGCCUAAGCUGCACAGAUGUGCAGAAAAUGACGCCACUGCAUUGCGCCUCCAUGUUUGAUCAUCCCGAUAUUGUGGAAUAUCUGGUCAAUGAGGGUGCCGACAUAAAUGCCUUAGACAAAGAACAUCGAUCGCCACUGCUGUUGGCUGCCUCACGUUCAGGUUGGAAGACGGUGCAUGUGCUCAUACGCCUGGGAGCGAAUAUCAGCAUUAAGGAUGCCUGUUCACGCAAUGUAUUGCAUUUGGUGGUCAUGAAUGGUGGCCGCCUGCAGGAGUUUGCCGAAGAAGUCUCCAAAAAACAGUCCCAUGCUCAAUUGGAACAGUUACUCAAUGAGAAAGACAAUAUGGGAUGUUCUCCAUUGCAUUAUGCCAGCAGAGAUGGUCACAUACGUUCUCUGGAGAAUCUCAUACGACUGGGAGCCUGCAUAAAUCUUAAGAAUAAUAACAAUGAGAGUCCUUUGCAUUUUGCCGCACGUUAUGGGCGUUAUAAUACAGUGAAACAGCUUUUGGAUUCCGAAAAGGGUACCUUUAUUAUCAAUGAGAGUGAUGGUGAAGGAUUGACACCGCUGCACAUAGCCUCACAGCAGGGUCAUACCCGGGUGGUGCAGUUACUGUUGAAUCGUGGUGCAUUGCUUCAUAGGGAUCAUAAUGGACGAAAUCCUUUGCAAUUGGCUGCUAUGUCGGGCUACACAGAGACCAUUGGUCUAUUGCAUUCGGUGCACUCACAUCUAUUGGAUCAGAAGGACAAAGAUGGGAAUACAGCUCUUCACUUGGCCACCAUGGAGAAUAAGCCGCAUGCCAUUUCGGUAUUGCUGUCAAUGGGCUGUAAAUUGGUGUACAAUCGCAUGGAUAUGAGUGCUAUCGACUAUGCCAUUUAUUAUAAAUAUCCAGAGGCUGCUUUGGCAAUGGUCACCCAUGAGGAAAGGGCGAAUGAAGUGAUGUCGCUGAAAUCGGACAAACAUCCAUGUGUGACAUUGGCUUUGAUUGCAUCGAUGCCAAAAGUAUUUGAAGCAGUUCAAGAUAAAUGCAUAACGAAGGCGAAUUGUAAAAAGGAUUCUAAAAGUUUUUAUAUUAAGUAUUCAUUUUCUUUUCUUCAAUGCCCCUUUAUGUUCGCCAAAUUGGAUGAGAAAACCGGUGAACCCAUAACAUUGCAGAACACCAUUCCAUUGCCAGCCUUAAAUACCAUGGUUAAUCAUGGAAGAGUUGAACUGCUGGCCCAUCCUCUAAGUCAAAAAUAUCUACAAAUGAAAUGGAAUUCCUAUGGCAAAUAUUUUCAUUUGGCUAAUUUGCUAAUUUAUUCCAUAUUUUUAUUAUUCGUAACUAUAUAUUCAUCGCUGAUGAUGAAUGGAGUAAAGAUACAAACAAGGCUGCUCAGUGAAAGUUUCAAUUAUAGCAGUUACAGGAAAAACAAUCUUGACUGUGUUAGGUAUUUCAAUGAACAUCCUUCCAAUGAUAGUUGGCAUCGUGAUUGCUAUGAGAGUAUCCAACAAUCGACAGCCAUUGUGGUCUGUGCUUUCAUUGUCGUCAUUUACAUAACCCUAAGUGCACUGCGAGAAUUCGUUCAAAUAUAUCAGCAACGUUUGCAUUAUAUUUUGGAAAUUGUCAACUUAAUAUCAUGGAUUCUAUACAUAUCAACAUUGAUCAUGAUUUUGCCAGCAUUCAAAUCGGAUGGUGGCAUUACAAAUGUUCAUUAUUCGGCAGCCUCAAUAUCGGUGUUUCUAUCGUGGUUUCGUUUGUUGUUGUUUCUGCAGAGGUUUGAUCAGGUUGGAAUCUAUGUGGUCAUGUUUCUAGAGAUCCUUCAAACCCUAAUCAAGGUACUCUUAGUAUUUUCAAUACUAAUCAUUGCUUUUGGUUUGGCCUUUUACAUACUGCUGUCUAAGAUAGUGGAUCCUCAACCGAAUCAUUUGAGCUUUUCCAAUAUACCCAUGUCCUUGCUGAGAACAUUCUCCAUGAUGUUGGGUGAAUUGGAUUUUGUGGGAACUUAUGUCAAUACCUACUAUCGUGAUCAAUUAAAAGUUCCUGUCACCUCAUUCUUAAUAUUAAGUGUUUUUAUGAUCCUAAUGCCUAUACUGCUCAUGAAUUUACUCAUCGGUUUGGCUGUUGGCGACAUCGAAUCUGUGCGCCGCAAUGCCCAAUUAAAGAGACUGGCCAUGCAGGUGGUUUUGCAUACCGAAUUAGAGAGGAAACUGCCCAAAAUGUGGCUGCAGAAAAUUGAUAAAAUGGAAUUGAUCGAAUAUCCAAAUGAAACCAAAUGCAAAUUGGGUUUCUUCGAUUUCAUUUUGAGAAAAUGGUUUUCAAAUCCAUUCAGUGAAGAUAGUUCCAUGGAUGUCCUACAAUUCGAAAACAAUGACGACUAUAUCAACAACGAAUUGGAAAAACAACGACGUAAACUGCGCGAUAUAAGUCGCGUUCUUGAUCAACAACAUCAGCUACUGCGUUUAAUUGUCCAAAAAAUGGAAAUCAAAACCGAAGCCGAUGACGUCGAUGAAGGCGUAUCACCGAAUGAUCUACGCAGCACCAAUAAUCACAGCAGUAGCGCCAAUGGUUCGCGUUGGACCUCGCCGCGUAUUCGCAAUAAGCUAAGGGCAGCACUAAGUUUCAACAAAGGCAUAUAGGAGUUGCGAAGGAAGGCGGCACUCAACGAACUUGUAAAGUGUUAGUAGUACUAUGUAGGCUAUAGCUUAAAUAUGAGAAAUGGUGUGAUUGAAAUAAACAUUUUUAAAUCUCUUUCCAAGUACCUCUCAAGGAACUAAAGAAAAACAUAGAAGAAAAGAAACAAACAAAAAACAAAAAAUUAAGAGCUUAGAUAUAUAUAAAUUGUAAGAAUUUGUGUUUAACAGAAUUUAACACUGCAAACAUUAUAACUAAAUGUGAAAGUACAUUGGAAUGGUUUCCCCUGACUUGAGUCAACCAUCGGUGUAAGACGAUUUUAAGCGAUUUGCUCCCCCACGGCUUCACAGCCCGGUCCAAGUAUACAUUUAUGGCUGAGACAUGUCUUUGCAUAGCAUAUUUUUAAUGGAUAUUUUAUAUAUGUAUUUUAGUAAGAAUUGUAAAUAAAUUUUUGUGCACAUAAAAAUGUUAUGCUGGACGGACAACUCAA